ACUUCACCUGUCAUAUGUCAUAUAAUUGGAUUUUUACCUGUAAGAUAAGACAAAAAAAAAAAAAAAUCUGGUAAGCUAUUCAGCUCCUUAAUAGACACAGUUAAUGAGUUAGCUACAGCAGGUGUGUGCUCUUUAUGAGCAGUAUGCAGUCUUACAGGCCGAGCAGACACACAGUGGAUAUUUGUACUUCCUAUUUUCUGGUAGAGACACACACUCUCCCAUUUCCUCCAGCCCUUUCUCUCCACUCCCUCUCCCUCUUGCUCUUAGCCACUCCUGUUCACUUCAACAGAAAUGAAACUAAAACUGAUCAUUUCCCUCGGUGUGUGUGAAACUGACUUAGCUGUCUCAAGAUUUUUCGACCUUCUUGUUACUUUUUGAUUGACAUAUCGUAUGUCUUUUCUUUUUCUGUAUACCUGAGCAAAAUAAAAUGGCAGAGACUAAUAUUUCAGUGGCUCAGGAUCAGUUCAGCUGUUCAAUCUGUCUGGAUCUACUCAAGGAUCCAGUGACUAUUCUCUGUGGACACAGUUUCUGUAUGGUGUGUAUUAAUGGCUGCUGGGAUCAGGAGGAUCAGAAGGGAGUCUAUAGCUGUCCUCAGUGUAAAGAAACCUUCACUCCAAGACCUCUUGUGAGUAAAAAUGCCAUUCUGGCUGAAGUUACUGAGAAACUAAAGACAGAACUCCGAGCUACACGUCCUGCUCAGUGUUCAACUGUAAGUGAAGCUGUGAAAUGUGAUUCCUGCACUGGGAGAAACUCCAAAGCCAUCAAGUCCUGUCUGGUGUGUCUGGCCUCUUUCUGUGAAACUCACCUCCAGCCUCACUAUGAAUCUCCUGCCUUUAAGAAGCACAAGCUGGUCGAAGCCUCCAGACGACUCCAGGAGCAGAUCUGCUCUCAGCAUGACAAACUGCUGGAGGUUUACUGUCGCACUCACCAGCAGUGUAUCUGCAUGUUGUGUAUGUUAGAUAAACAUAAAGGACAUGAUACAGUAUCAGCUGCAGCAGAAAGAGCUGAGAAACAGAAGCAGCUGUUGAAGACGCAGAGAAAAUGCCAACAGAGAAUCUUGGAUAGAGUGAAGGAGCAUCAGGAGCUAACAGAAGCUGUGGAGUUUUAUGAGCGCUCUGCACAAAGAACAGUGCAGGAAAGUGAGAGGAUCUUUACUGAUCUGAUCAAAUCCAUUGAGAGAAGACGCAGUGAGGUGACACGGCUGAUCAGAGCUCAGGAGAAAGCUGCAGUGGGUCGAGCUGAAGAAGUCAUGAAGCAACUGGAGCAGGAGAUUGCAGAGCUGAAGAAGAGAGACGCUGAGAUGGAGAGGCUUUCACACACAGAUCCCAUCCAUUUUCUCCAGAGUUUCCCGUCUCUUGUGGACACUCCUGGAUCUGCAGACUUACACUCCAUCAGGCUCAGUCCUUUCCUCUCUCUUGAGGAUGUAACAGCAUUUGUGUCUCAACUGAGGGACAACGUGGAAAAAUUCUGCUAUGAGGAGUUCAGAAUGGUAUCAAAUGCAGUAAAAGAAAUCCAGAUUAUUCCACUUCCUGAACCCAAAAGCAGAGAAGAGUUUCUACAGUACUCCUGUCAGUUCACACUGGAUCCCAACACAGUAAAUAAACACCUCUGUCUGUCUGAGAGGAACACAGUGGUGACCUGCAGUGAAACAGCUCAAUCAUAUUCUGUUCAUCCAGACAGAUUUGACUAUUAUCUCCAAGUUUUGUGUAAAGAGGGUGUGUGUGGACGGUGUUACUGGGAGGUCGAGUGGAGCGGACGUCAUGGCGUUUCUAUAGCGGUGUCAUAUAAAAACAUCAGCCGGAAAGGAAAAGGUACUGAAUGUUUGUUUGGCCGAAACGAGCAGUCCUGGAGAUUGUUUUGCUAUCCUUCCUGCUACGUGUUCAGACACAUUAAAAAAGAAAUUAAAAUCCCAGUAAUACUGAGCUCCUCUAGGAUAGGAGUGUAUGUGGAUCACAGGGCAGGAACUCUGUCCUUCUACAGCGUCUCUGACACGAUGAAGCUCCUCCACAGAGUUCACACCACAUUCACUCAGCCUCUUUAUCCCGGGUUUGUGGUUUGUUCAGGAUCAACUAUUAAACUGUAAUUAAACUGUAAUUAGCAGAUACAUUUAUGAAAUAAACAUGUUUGACUAGAAGGGAUGAGAAAUCAUUAACGCUGAAGAAUAAUUACGUUUUUUCAUUAUUCUUGUUACUUUUUGAUAUUAUCCAUACGGCAUGGAAUUUAGCUUUCAGACUUACUGGGGCCUUUUAAUCAUUUCUCAAGAUCCAUGCGUUAAUGAAAAUCUCCUCAGUGGACACAUAUCGUGUACAGGAAUGUAUUUGCUUUUGGUAUCUGAAUGUAUUUGGGCUAAAGAGACAGUUUUAUCUUUGCGCUAACCUUAGGUUAGAAGUCUAGGAAAGGUGAGUUGAGAAAGUUCUCCUCCGUAUGUGGGCAGAUGAGUGUGUAUGCACAUGAAUGAAGCUUCAAUAAAAACUAUUCCUCUUUUCCAAGUUUGCAGCUGCUCACAUCUUUAUUAAGAAGAAAUAGACGUCACAAUCCAACAAGCGGUGUUGUCGGCAGGAUAGGACUGAGACACAGUGAGUGUUUUUCAACCGGAAACAACAAAAAGUGUUCAUUAAGAGCUUAAGAUUUUUCCUACACAUGCAGUAUGACAUGCAGCCAAACCUUCCCAAACUUGCUUCCAAACUUUACUUCACGUCCAUAGCAGUAAAAAGGAGGAUUCGUACAUAAAAUAAAUUUGUCGUCAUAUCUUGCAAAACCAUUGUCCAUAAGUAUUCACCCCCACUGCUGUAAAGCUCCUAAAUUCUUUACUUUGGAAUAAGACAAGAUUAUAACUUCAGGUUUUUAGUUUGCAAAAACUAACUUUAGUUAGCAAAAGCAAACAUGGAAAUCACAUCAGUAGACUUCUAUAAAACAAGCAGGACAUGCUCUUUUAAUCCCAAGGGUUCUCUGAAACCUCUAGCAGAAAAUAAAAAAAAAUUCCGUUGUCGAUGCUGGAUGUAAAAGAUGCACAACAGGUUGAC